CACUGGUGCAGUUAGGUCGUCCGAAUACCUGUCGAAGAAAAACUUCACUUAGCAGUAUACGUGAAACAUGAACGUUACAAUGUCACUGUUGCCGCUAUUGUUCAUCCUGUUGGUCACCAUGACUGCCGAUCUCUUGGCGUAUACCUACGGUAGGUGCUUACGAAAACUUAUUGUUAAAAUAUCGGUAGGUAUAUUUUAGGUACUUAUUUUUCAUAAAAAAAAUUAUUUUUUUGUCCGUAUACUCAUAUAGAUCUAAUAACUUACUAAUAAAUAGGGCGGAGAUUUUGCCGCAAAUACAUCUUUUUUUCUGGUGUUUUAAAACGUAUGCUCGUAAGCACAAAAUGUGUUUUGAGUAAUACCGAUUAUUCAAAUUUUUGGAGCAUUUUUUUUUUAGAACUUUUUAAUUCAGUAAACGUUUGCGAUUAUAGGUGGGUGUGGGUUUAAGUCUACAUAAAAUGCAUACCUGCGCAAAAUAUUACUGUAAUGGCGCAUAACGUUUUGCGUCUUUGGUGUGGAUCUGCUUUAAUAAGAAGCUUUUAACUGGCCAUAGACGAUACGAAUAUCAUAGUAAAUUAUUUAUAUAGUUCUUCUUUAUACUUUAGUUAUUUCUGCUCAGAUUAUCACCGUUGGUAAAUGCGCACUUAUAUAUAUAUAUAUUUCUUUUCACUACACGAUGUAUGGAUGAUUGAUAUCGAUCGAAGACCCGUUAGUAUUUCGUCAAUAUAAUCUCGGCAGCAUUCGUUGUGUUUUUUUGUUGAGUGUCAUUUAGUUUAAUAUACCAAAAGUAUAAAUGCAAAAAUCAAUUAUAUGAACGAAUUAUUUUAACGAAUUUGAUGAGUCAUUUCUAUCCAACCUAUACUAUUUUUUUUAAACAAAUUCUAAAAAUUAUUAAUUAGUUAGUUAUUAAAUGAAAAUUGUGAUAAUAUUUUUCAUCGUUUAAGCUACAAAUAAAUAUAGUAGAUUUUGGGUAACCAGGCAAAUAUCCAACCAGAGAACUGCUGGAUGAACGAAAAUGCCGGAUUAAUGGAAGUCCACAUAAAACCACAUUUUUACUUAUUGAAAAACCUUAAUUUAUUUUAUUAAAUCAUAUAAAUAUUACGUACAUACUGAAUUAUGCUAAUAUAACACAAUAACUAACCGAUACACCAUACACAAUAAAUACGCUCAAGACUUAACACGUCAACGUUAGUUGAAUACAAAUAAAUUAUCUAAUCGGUUAAUUUGGACUUAAUUAGUUAAUUUUAUCGUUUACGAUAAUAACUUUUUGGUUACUUUAACAAAAAAAUACCCAUAUUACUGGAUGUACCGGAUUAUCGCACGGUCAUAUUACCGAGAAUCUACUGUAUUAUAAUUUAUACAAUUAAAAGGCAUUUUCAUAGUGGACUUUUUGAGUUUUCUAAGGCAUUUUUAAAUUUUUUUAAGUGCAUUUUUUUCGAUUUUCCAGGGCAUUACAAUCCCAGCCCUAUAAAUAAUAUUUUUAUAUGUUUAUUUUCAAUAUGUACAUCUUCUGGUAAAUUUUGUUUUUAUAUUCUAUAUUUACGUUAAAUAAGUUAUUUAACUCGUUAAAAGUAAAAAUGUCAACUUACUUCUAUUAGAAAACAAUUCAUUUUUACUUUAUUGCUAAAAAUUGGCUUUUAUACCGGUCAAGUGAUUAUUUUAUAAUUAAACACUCAUUAUCUCGGAAAAUAUUAACUUUUUUUGGAAUCUGUUUUACAGAAAAUUUAAAAAACAAACAGCUUAAUAAUUUUAAGUGUAUAUUAUUUUUUGUCACCCUAAUAUUUAAGGCUGAAACGACCAUCUACUUUUGAUUUUCAAAUAGCAACCUGUAUUUAAAAUUUCCAUAAAUAGAUGAAGUAUUAGUUCAAAUAAAUUUAUUGUUGAAAUUUCUAAUUUCCGUCAAUCCGUUGGCGAGAUAUUCCAUUUUUAAAUUUGGAUCGAGUGAGAGUAGUGGAGUAUCAUUUGAGAGGCGGUACGACGCGCAACGUGUUAAUAAUGCACCACCACUCUCCCCCAACUCAAAUUUAAAAAUGGAAUAUCUCGUCAAUGGAUUGACGGAAAAUCAAAAAUUUCAACACCAAAAUUUAUUUUAACUAAUACUUCAUCUAUUUACAAGAUUUUUAAUAUAGGUUGCCAUUUGAAAAUAAAAAGUAGGUAAUCGUUUCAUUUCCAAAAAUAAAACAAAAAAUUGGUAAUGUAAUAUUUUAGAACUAUAUGUUUCUUAAUUUUUUUUUAAAAAAAAAAGUUUAAAAUAGUCAAUACUUUUGGAAAUAAUGAGUGUUUAUCGAUAAAAUAACCACCCGGUACCUAGCGACGUGUGUCAUGUGGUGUUAAGUCGUAUUCUGAUCGGCUGUGGUAUUUUUGGUAACAUUAGUCAGUCUUGACAUACCGACAAAUUUCCAGAGUUGGACUGAUUUCAACUAUUCUUUUGUUUGGGUUACAAUGGUCAGUGAAUUAUCUACUGUAGUUUACAUAAUGUACAUCUUUUGACACGACAUACACGACAUUAAUACAUGGCGUCGUUAAAAUACCUACCGUCCUAAUGCGUCUACAAUAUGUUUACUAUGUAAACUGUCACGACUUCCUGAACCUCAAUUAUUAUCUUAUUACCAAUAAUUACUUAAUGUAAUUUACGUGUAUAGGUAUAUUUAUAAUUACAUUUCACGACGUUAUUUGCUUUUUAUAAGUUUCGAGAAUAUUUUAAUAGUAUUGUCCUUGCACCGACCAAUCGGUGAUAAUCAUUAAUUAUCAUUUAUCUACCUACGACAUACCCACGGGCAUUUACCGUUUAGAAAAUUACUUUUGUAGUUCUGUCAUACCUAAUGAUAAUAUUAAAGCAUUACGCCUUAAGAAAUUAUUGUUGAUGAAAUGGUUAAAUUGUCUAACUACGUUUUACAUAUUUCAACUUCAAUUAGUUAAAAUCGAAAACUAUUUUAUGUUUUUAAGACAUAAAGUUAUAAUAUAUUAAGCUCACAAAUGUUAAAAAUGGUUUGAUUCUCUCUUGCACAAUCUAUAAUAAGUUAUGGUAUUGUAGUCUUGAGUGGAACUUAUUAUAUAAGUACGUUUGACUAACCUAGAGGUUGAUCAGUUUAAUAAUAUCAGUAUAAUAAUACAAUGUAAAAUAAUUGCUGUAUUAUUUCCUUGCAGAAUAUUUAAAUGAGAAUUCAGAGUAUUUUUUUACAAACCCAGGAUACCCGACACCAAUUAGGGCGAAACUGGUGAAUAUUGAGCUUCAAAUAAAGUUAAUAAAACCCGCACAUCAGCUGCGCAUUGAUUUUAUUGAAUUUAAUAUCGUAAGUGUAUAAUACUGUAGUUAUAACAGUUUUGCGUCAUAUAUUAUAUUCAUAAUAUAAUAUAAUAUAUUAUUAUAUAUAUUUAUAAUAUAUUGUACCAUUGCGGCGUGGUCUUAUUAACGAUAGAUUUGGUAUUUUCAGGCUCCCCCUGAUCCAUUGUUUAAAACUUGUGAUGAAGAUGUAAUGAUUGUAGUCAACAAAAACUACUAUCUAGGACUGUGCGGUUCGUUCAACGACAGACACUGUAAGUACUUAUAUAAUAUGUACUUUGAUUUUACAAUCCUUGGUAUUAAGACUUUUUAUUCUAAAUUUGAUUAAAGACUCUGAACAGUCAAUAGAGCCAGUUAACAAUUUGUGUACAAAUUUUGAUAGCAGGAGUGUACGAUGUUCUUUUAAUAAAGUAAGAUUAGAGAAGUUUAAAACGACGUUGUACGAACUGUGAGGAUGCUUGAAAAUAAUAAAUUUAAAAGAAAAAUUCUUAAACAUUUAUUUUGAAAUAAUUCUAUCAUUAUGUUUUGUUUAAGUGUAUUAUUUAACUAGAUUAAUGGACAGUAAUUCUAGGUUUGAACGAACUAAAGAACAAUAAUGUAGUUUUAGUAAAAUAUUAUUUAUUAAUAAUAAUUAUUAUUAAUAGCUAUGCAACAUGCAAACUGUAUAUUAUGAGUAUACUAAUUUUGUUGGUAAAUGUUUUUAUCAUAAAGUAUUUAUCGUUUCAUGUUAUUUAUAUUUUAAAUUUGAAUGCAAUUUUCAAAUUCUCGUUAAUGAGCUUCCACAGUAACAUUUUCAAAGGAUCAAUAUAUAAACAAUUUCUAAUCUCAGCACCAUCGCGUGGUAUCUUUAGGUUAGUCGUUAAGGCGUCAGUCGUUUCCACUAAAAGGUUGAUUUUCAUUUCCGAAAUCGAAAAAUGUUCGAUUUUCGUUUCCGCCAAAUCUAUAUCUAUCUAUAUUAUUGAGAUGAAAUUUAAGAACCCCUAGUCUAUGUCUGUACAUAAAUUAGGAGUUCUAGGGGUUGAUUUUGAUUAUCGAUUUAUGCCGAAAUAAUUGAUUUUAUGCGUAGUAGUUCUUACCUAUUAUAAAUAAAUAUAAAUCGAUCUAAUCUAUAUUAUGGGUUAACUAUGAGUAUUGUGAUGACGAAAUUUCGAGUAUGAUGAUAACGUAGUCAAGUGAAUUCAUUAGCCCUGAGUAAAUCGAUAAAGAAUCGUGAAAAAUAUACUUAUUUAUUGAAUAUAUUGGAAUUGAAAUUUUGUUUAAAAAAUUGACUAUUCUUCUACCAACAAUUUCGCUCCAACUUAUAAUGAUAGCAACGUUUCUGAAAUAAAAUUUCAUUGGGGAGGUACUUUAUAGAAGUCAUUUUUCAAGAUCAAUCGACACUUUAUAAGAAAUAAUUAUGGUUAAUUAAACUUUUGUAUUUAUAAAAAAGCAAUUUUCAGAAACUUGUAUGGACUUUUAUUUCGGAUUAAAAGACUUAAUUAGUAAAUUGUAUCGUUUGAUCCAUUAAGCACGUUUUACAAAAUCUAGAAAUAUUUUCAAAGUGUUUAUUAGAGUAGGCAUCAUACUGGACCAUUAAAACCAUAUGUUUUCAACAAAAAAAUUGCUUCUGUAGAGUCUUCUUAAUUUAAUACUAUUUCCAUACAUUUAAGUGAACUCAAACGAUCCCCGGAUCCAUGAAAAAUUUAAACUAAAGGGAACGUAUGAUAGUUUUUUUUUUAAAUAAGAAGAAGAGAACUUAAUUUCUCUUUACUCCUCUAUAAUCACAGUGAUUUCAUCAGAGCCUACAUUUCGUAUGUACAAAUAAAAAGUCAAUCAAUUUUUUAUUUAGAAAAUUAAAUUGUUUAAAAAAAAUGUUAAACUAAGACCUAAAAUGUAAAUAUAUGUUUAUUCGGUAAUUACUAUGUUUCACUUGCUGCCAUCAUCAGGUUACUGGUAUUGCAUUGACUAAAGGUACACAUAUAUUUUUGAAAAAAAAAAGUUAUUAUUACUUAUACCUAUGUGACUAUAUCUAAUGAUGUUUCGUUUUCACAGUGUACUUUGACGUGAACGACGAGAACGAGAAUGUUGUCGUGUACUUUAGAUUGGGGAGAGCUAAAAAGCUCUCCUUCUCGAAAUGGAUGAUAAAAGUGAGUAUAAAAUGUUAGUAUACGUAAUUUUAUUUUAUUUCAUUAAGACUUACCGAAGUUGCAUACAGUUAUUAACCAUGUGUAUUAAUUUAUAUUCCUGAAGACAAGUCAGAUUAAAAUCACAAAUUAAAAAAAUCAUUUCAUACCACGUAUGUGUCUGGCGUGUAGUCGGAAAUUACUAAAGAGGGGUGUUAUGAAAAAUUCAAAAUAGUUUUUAUUAUCACUAUUUAUUAGUUAUAUUUAAUACUUAAGAAGACGUGUUCCAGCAUAGUAAAUUAGCGUUCUGCAGAGAUAAAUUUGUAAUAUUAGUUUCAAUAUUAAAAUUAAUCCUAUUAUCAAACUUAAAGAUAAGAACAUUAUCUGUACAACAUUGGUGCUAUUUUGUUGACAAGCGAACAUUUUCUAUAAAUAUUAUUAAACUGUGAUAUUUCACAUACCUACUCAUAUCUCGUUUGAAAUUAAGUUAAUAAAAUUAUGUUCUUGUCUUUGUUUUUUUUUUUUUUUAGAGAAGUUUGUGUUUAAGGUAGAGAGUUAUUUUCUUACUAUCGCACAUUAAAUAUAUUUAUUUAUACAAAUAUAAGUAAAGUCAAAAUACAAACGAUUUUCAAGUGUAAUUAUUUUUUUUAAAAAUAAAAACUGAACGAAAUAUAUUAUUAAAAUAUUACAAUUUUUUUUACCUGUGUACAACUUUUCUAUCAGCAGUUUUACUCAAAAUUUUGAUUAUGGAAAUGUUUCUAAAAGGAAAUUUCACGAGGGAUGUAUUUAAGAAAGGUCAUUUUUCAAUUUUCUCAGGAACUUUUCCAAUAAAUGUGAAAAACUGGGAUAAAUUAUGGAAAAAUCAGUACUACAUUAAACAAAUAUUAUUAAAGAAAAUAUAUGAAGCCUAUUUAAUUAUUUUACUUUAAUAUGGCAUAUAUAUUGUUGAAAAAGCAUCACUACCAACUGAACUCCGGUCAGAAUCGUAUUUUCGUAAGCAAUGGUUUAUUGUUCUUAUCUUUUUUAAAUUAAUAUAUUUAAUUCAGAACCUACUUACCUAAGCACUAGAUCCCAUGUAUUAUCAGAAAAUAAUAAACAAGUAUCAUCUGAAUAUGUAACAACAGAGCCAUCAAUUUUAAACCAUUACUGUUUGGUCUAACAAUUUUAUCCACAGAAUAUCUACCAAAUUAAAAUUACAUAAAAAAACUUACAAAAUUAAAAUAUCUAAAUAGCUAAAAAAAAAAAUGGCUAAAAUGUUUUUUUCCCCGGUUUCCCAAUUAUUAUGAAAAUAUUAUAAUCUUAAAGUACUACCCAAAUAAAAUUUCCUUUCAGAAAAGGUACUAUAUUUGAAAAUCAGAGCAAGAUUUCUGGUAGAAAAGCUGUUUACAGACAAAAAAAAAAAAAAAGAAAAAAAAACCUUUAUUGUUAAACCAAGACAUUCCUCACUUCGCUCAGAAUCUAAAAUAUUAAAACAAUCUUUAUAAAUAUGUUGACAGUUUAAAAUAAAACAUGAAUUAACUCAUUAUAUACCGUAUAUAUUUAUACUUAAUAACAAGAGUGUAAAUUAAUUAUUAAUGUCUUAAUUAAAUAUCGCGCUAUUUUUAUAAAUAAAAUAAUUGCAUCAUCAGUUAUUUUAUAUUAUAUAUCUAAGCUACACAAAACAUUUUUCAUAAAUGCGUCAAACUUUGAUUCACUUAAAAUUAUACAAUUACAAUAAACUUUUAUUGUUGCAUUUUUAAUCUAGUUGGUAAGUAACAAAGUCGUUUGUUGAUUUUCCGUGUAGUUUUCUUAAUAAUUAAGGAAAACUUAAAAAAAAAAAGUUAAAAGAACAACAGAAAUAAAAGGAAAGUUUACGAAAAUAAUGAUUUUAUUAUACCGCUUAUUUACUGACUUUUAGUGGUUGAAGAAACUUAAAGGGAUCAUUUAAUUUAACACUUGUGUAUAUGGUGGGUCAUAUGCUUGCUAUAAUUAAAUAAUUUUUUAAUCUAAGUGCUUGGCCCAAAAUUAUAAUACGACGAUUGGCCCGGAACUUUGCAGGCAUCUCGUUGGACCUAUGCUUCGCUGCACGUCAUUGUUUGUUUUAGUGGUACAGCCGGCGACCCAUUUUUUUUUAAAUUCAUUUUUUUUUUUAGAUUACUCAACUAAUGGGCUCCGCAUUGGUGCCACGGGGCUGUUUACAGUACUACGAUGGAUUAGUUGGAACCGUGCCUAUGAUUGACUAUUCAAUAAUUGGAACUGAAGUGACUAAUUUGAAUCAACGAGUCUGUAUAAAGGAAUUUGAGGGUUAGUAAUCGAAAACUAUAAUUAUUAUAAAUUCAAUAAUAAAAUAAUAAAAUAAAAAUAAAAUUAUUAAAAUGGUUAAUACUCAUAAAUAAAUAUAUAAAUAAAAAAUAUGUGUAUAGAAAUUAAAAAUAAAUAAAUAAAGGAAUGCGUCACCUGGAAUAUUAUAAUAAGUGUAUAAUAAGAUCAGUUUUGAAUUUUUAAUUCAUCAUCAGGUGUAUCACAGUCAAAAUGUAAAACGCGACUGCGUAUAAAAAUUAAAUGAAGGAAUAUAUAAAAAAAAAAUUAUACAAAUAGGUCGUUUUACAUAGAAAUAAUUUAUUUUAAUAUGAGAGAAUAUUUAAAAUGAGUUAUUAUUAAUUAAGAAAUAUAAAUUAUUUGGUUAUUAUUUAUUAUUUAAAACGUAUUAAUACAAAAUAUUAUUAAAAUCAUUUUUCUUUAUUUCAUUAUGUAUGUGUAAUUAUUCUAAAACUGAAUUUAUAUAAAAGUUAUUUUAGGUAUUUAAUAUUUCUAAAUCUGUAAUAAUAUCAAAGCUUACAUUAUGGUUAUUUUCUAAAACAUAUUUAGCGAAAUGUGAACUAGGGGCAGUCUUUUAGGUUCUGAGUAGAGCGAAGAAGCUUAUGGUUUUACAAAGAUACAAAUUUUCUACAGAGGACUUACUCCGAUUUUUACGUGUAGCACCUUUUCUGAAAGGAAAUCAGUGUGGAGAGGUACUUUAAACAUGAUUUAUUUUGGAGGUCAUUUUUCGAUUUUUCAAGAGUUUUCUCAUCAAAAGUGAAACACUCUAAAAAAAAAAAACAGGAUGAUGUACGGAAUGUAUAUGUAUAUUCUUUCGAUUUUUUUUCUAUAGACAACUUUUCUACCAGCAAUUUAGUCUAACUUAUAAUGAUAGCAAUCAUUAUCAAUAUCAUGCUUACAGGCAUAUAUUAAAUUACCUAUUACAGUGGCUGAAAUUUCUUUUUUAAUUUUAUUUCAGAAAUUUGUUUGAUAUAUAUAUAUACAAUUUAUAACAGUUAAAUUUCAUACAAUUACAAUUACUACACAAUUACAGUUCCUUCAUAUUUAAUUUUUUAUAGUCAGUUGCAUUUUCCAUGUUGUCUGUAAUAUACCUGAUACCUGUUGAUAAAUUUUUUAUUCAAAACCUAUCCUAUAAUACACACAUCGUACACUUAUUAUAAUACUACAUUUAUUUAUUAAUUUAUUUUUUAUUUCUAUGUAUACAUUUUUAUUUACUACAUUUAUUAUCAAUACCUAACAUUUAUUUUCUACGCCAUUUUAUGAAUUUAUAAUAACAAUUGACUCGUUUACACAGGUAUAUGCAACAUAUUUUAUCAACCGUGUGCCGGCAACUUAAGUCGAGGCCAUGGGCACAUUUCUGGUAAGUUAAUUUCAGUUAAUUAUACGUAUUAACGUAUACGUUCAUAGUCAAAUUGGCCCGGUCCACUAGUCCGUGAUCACGGAUUAUAUUUAUUGGGGCCCUGGAUAUUAUGAGAUAACAAAUUCCCAUACCGAAAACAAAAACCUAUGGAAACUGUGCGCUCAAAAUUGAACGAAUGUAAUUCAGCUCGCAAGCGAUUUUUUUGAAAAUGUUUGUUUUUACAUGCUUAAUUUAAUGGUAAAUUCAAAAACGUCGCCUAAAUUUCAUUUGGAAGUUAUGGCCAGAAAACUUCAAAUUGCUUGAGUUUAAAAUACCAAAAAUUUAUAUUUUUGGAAUUAUUUUUAGAAAUGGUAGUUUAUCAUAACUACCAUCAAAUAAAUAAUUUCAAAACUCCAGCAUUUAUUUCCUCUUAUUUCUCUAUAUAAUAUGUUUUAACCCUAGAUACAAAAUUAUGUUGUUUAUCUAUAUACUCAUAUAAUGUACCUACCUCAUCUGGCAACAUGAGUGCUAAAUUACAAUAUUGCCCUUCCUUCGACCAUGACAAUUUAAAAGCUAGAUUCAAAAAAAUUAAUUUGUACUUUUCGGUUAUCUCUACUACCUGCAUAUGAUGGACUGCGGCUGUCACAAUUCAAUUAUCUUACCUACCACAAGUAACUAUUUUGGUCCCCUGUUACCUACUCGACAUGAUUUUUCUAACAAAAUAAUGUUAAUUUGCAAAUAAAAUACGAAAUGAGUUCACACUUGGGUAACAAUUUUUUUUGGAUAUAAAUAGUAUAUCAUAGGAUAUCAUGUACUUAAUGAGGUAGUCGGGACAAUUGAAAAUAUGAAAAAUAUUUAUUCUAUAUGUAAUUAUUUUAUAUUGUUGAUAACUAUCAACUGAAAUCCGUUCAGAAUCGUUUUUCCGUUAGCAAUGGUUUAUCAUUGCUUACAGAUAUAUCAUAUAUAUUAAAUUACCUAUUACAGUAGCUGUACCCUAUUAUCCCCGAUAUUCUAGAACAGAUUUUAUUUUUUUAAAAGUCAUGUUGUUAUGUAAGUAAUGUAGUUAAAUUAUAAGUAAUAUAGUUUUAUAUAAUUAGUAGGUUUGAUAAAAACAGAUCAUAAAAUUAGGGGGAGGUGAUCCACUGAUAACACGCUUACGGUGUUAUGUAUAACGUUUCCUUACUUAUAUAAAUUAUAUAAAUUAUAUAAGUAAUUAUUAUGCUAUUAUGUUCUUUGGUUUAUAGGAAAAUUAAUCAAGUCACCAAUUUUAACAGUCGUGCCGUUCAAACAGAAUACGAAACAAGUUGUUCUAAAUGAUGACUUCCAGUCAUUGUGUAUUACAUACCAACAAGAUCCUUGCCAAUAUAGCAACGCCUUCCGUUUAGACAAUUUUAAACCAUAUGACCUAUGAAAAUUAAC